UGAGAUGCAGGCUCGAGCCCAUGGACUUUCCCUCAUUCCAUCUACGGGACUUUGCUCCCCAGAACUGGUGAACCGUGUCAUCAAACAAGAACCAAUUCUUGAAAACUGCAGUCAGGAUGUCCUUCAGCAUCACCCAGACCUCACCUGCACGACCACCCUCGAUCUUACAGACGGCACCAUCACUUUCAGUAAUAAUUUGGGGAAUGGGACUGAAACAACAACUGCCUACAGUGUCCCUACAAAAAUGGGCUCCAAACUGGAAGACAUCUUGAUGGACGAUACUCUGUCUCCCGUAGGGGUAACCGAUCCACUUCUCUCAUCGGUAUCUCCUGGAGCUUCCAAAGCAAGUAGCCGGAGGAGCAGCAUGAGUAUGGAAGAUACUGAUCAUGCCUGUUAGCAAAUUGUGAUUGGCCUUCUCACAAACUGCUUCACUUCCUGAUCAGUAGAUUCAAUGAUUUUACCUUUUGGGGUUUUUCUUGAUAAUUUUCCUUUAAUAUAAAGAUUUUUCAUGCUUCAUCAAUAGCCCAGUCUAUAUUUUAUUUUUAGAAUUUUGUGAAAAGACAUAUAUUCUAUUUUAAAAUUACCAAUGCCUCCAAAGUAUUGUACAAGACAUGUACAGUAUCUGUGAACUGGAUUCACCGUGAACUUUAGAAUUCUGAGCAAUAGAAUUUUGAAUCAAAAUCAUGGUCAACUUUUAUUCAGGUGAAACUUGGUUUGAGAUUUCAUGCCAGCUCUUUACUUGGAAAUGAAAUACACGAGUUUAAUGGAAGAAUGUAAAGCAACCAAAAAGCCCUUUGCCAUUUUGUAAAUGCAUUGAUUUAUUAGUGCUGCCUUAAAAAUACGAUAUCCUUCCAGCAUUGUUUAGUCUUUAUAUCACUGACUAUUUAAAGAGAUACUACUACACUCUUAGAGGACAACUAAUUGUUUUUGCCAGUUUCUUGGUUAGAAAACAUUACCGAUGGCUGCUUUCAGGGCGCAAGAAGGGAGAGAUCAAGACUGCUAAAAUAGGAUGCUUGUUUUAAUCUCACUCUCGACUUCUCGAUGCUUUUAUGAUCUUGUCUUCUCAAAUGAGUGUAGUUGAGCUUUUCAUAAGAAAAAUAUUUUAUUGUGGAAAAAGAAAUGUAUUUUCCAAGUCAGAUAUCAAAGGGCACUUGAAAGGUUUUUUUUUUUUUCCUUUUUAAAAAUUUUUUCAUUUUUAGGUAUAAAAACGA